GCCGCAAGGCUGCAAGCAGCGCCCGAUUAGACCACCUUGCUGAGUCUGGCGUUCCUGCAAAUUGAGAACGUAGACUACCUGCCUCCCUAAGGUAUCUAUUGAGAGUGGCAUGACAGCCCGACUCCAAGUCUCAAGGGUGGACCGUUUGGACCUUCAACCAGCAAUGCUAUGGAGCCAUUGUCUGCACUUAGUAUUGCGACAGCCGUCGCUCAGUUCAUCGAAUUUGUAACUAAACUAGGGUUGAAUGCUCACGAGAUAUUCCAUGCUGCCCGGGGCCAGUCUGCCGAAGAUGAGAAACUCGAAGACGUCUACCAGAUUUUGGCGGAUCUGAGCCAAAGGCUCGCACAAGGAUGCAACAGCGCCCCUAUGACAGCCGAAAAUGGACCUGCCGACGCUUUUGGUGCUCGGACUAGAGGUCUCCGGGAGCUUUCCUUGAAAUGCAAACAAGACUGCGACGCCAUCCUCUGCGUCGUCGGCGGCGCAACGGCUGCUGAUGGGAAGGGCAAGCUGUGGCGAAGCGUGAAAGCCGCAGUCAGGAGUUCUAUUGGGAAAAGAAGGAUUGCUGAGCUAGAGACUUCACUGGGAAGAACUCAAGCAGUCAUGUCUUUACAUAUCCAAUCCAUCUUGGUGUAAGCACAGUUCCAGUGCAGCACCGCGGCAAGAAAGGCCCUUCAAUGUUGAUUCCAGCGCGCAGUGAGCAGGUGACACAGCUCAGAGACGAGUUGAGGCUCUUGAAGGAGGGGGGCAGAGCGCUCGGAGUGCAGCAAGACGCCAAACUUGACAUGAUCACCCGGGGAAUCGACCGCCUUGAACUCGGCCUCAGCAAGUCGCGCCCCAACUCCUAUUGGCCCUCUUGUGGAAACAGUUCCGAAGGGACUGAGAGAUCGUCC